CAGCGUUUUUGGGCGUGGAUAAACAAACAGCGAACGAGCUGUCUUCUUUCGCCCCAGUGAGUUUAGCCCGUAUAGCUCAGCAAUCAGGAUAUGGCGGACGUCAAACCAGGAAGGAGGAGUCCUCAUAGUCCCAGACGAGGGAAGAGAUACUCCAAACAUGUGCCACUGAGCAGAAGGAAGAGUCCUGAAAGCUCCAGGAGCAGGAGAGGAAAGAGAAGUGUUCCUCUCACUCCCUCCAAUGUGAUGAGAGAAGUGAGGGAGGUGGGG